AUGAUUUAACAGUACUUUAAUCCAUUCAGAAAAAGCAAUUAGUAGGUAUUCUUACUAUUUGAUGAAAAAAGUUCUCAUGAGAUAACAGUUGAGGAUGAAUUAUCUAUUUUGAAACCUAUUCCAAAAUAUGUUUGGGAAGAUGAUUAUUAUGAAUAAUUGAAAUUAGAGUUAAAAUAUUAUAAUUUAGAUGUUUAAGUACUAUCCAAUUCUGAGUGGUAAACUCUUUUAUAAACAGGAACAUAUGAUUCAAACAAAAAUUUAUUAUUAUCAAUAUUUACUACAAGAUCAUUAACAGUAAAGCAAAUUUUUGAUUUCAUAACAAUGUAAUGCCAAAUUUCUUGUUAAUUUGAUUAAUUAAGAUAGUAAUUAAAAGAAAAAGAUUAUGAAUGCAUAUUUAAGGAUGUUAAGAGAACUUUUAAGAGUUCAAAUUACUUUUAAAAAGAAGAAGUACUUUAAAGACUUUAGGAUAUACUAGUGGCUUAUAGUAAUUUGGAUUCUGAGGUAUCUUAUGGGUAGGGAAUGAAUUUUAUUGUUGCAGCACUUAUAUAUUUAGAUUUCAAUAAUGAUGAAGCAAUCUUUGAAAUUCUAAGAACUAUAAUUAUGGAUAGGGAAUGGAGAUAAUGUUAUAUUAAUAAUACUCCUGGACUAUUCUAAUUAUUGGCAAAAUUUAAUUUUAAAUUUAGAAAAAGAAUGCCAACAUUAUAUAAUCAUUUUCUAAGACUUGGAAUUGAAGAUUUGAGGGUGAUUGUAAGUGCAUUCUAUUUAACUUUAUGUAUGUAACAUGCUCCAAUAUAAUUUUCAUUGGUUAUAUUGGCUAUGUUUUUUAUUGAAGGGGAUGACAUAAUAACAAAGAUGAUAUUAUCAAUGUUAAAGUAUUUUGAAAAUUAUUUAUUAAAAUUAAAUGAUUUUUAAAGUGUAAUUGAGUUUAUAAAAAGGGGAUUGAUAAAUAAUUUCUAUAGAGAAAUACAAAAAUGUAGAAAACAGUAAAGAUUAGUAUAGGUACUUUUAGAUAUUGGAUUAAUUAAAAGAAAACACAAAAAACAAAAAACUUAGGGAUUCAUGAAAUAAUUAAUUUAGAAACCAUGA